AGGUAACGUGGACGUUCAGUUAGAAGAAAACCAUUUUAUGGUUGUGGCGUAAAACUGAAACAUAUGUCGUCACAAACGUGUUUGUGCAACUUUUACUCCUUAAAUUGAGGUUUUUGUAUUCACAUCACCUACCUCUGUUUCUUCCCCCUUUCGCCAUGAAAACUCCACAAGUCUUCAAGGCUUCACCCUCUUCAUUGGGACCACAAAACUUGUUACAUUCAUCUUCCACUUCUCUUCCUCUAACCUUCUUUGACAUAUUAUGGCUAAGGUUGCCACCAGUUCAGCGAGUUUUCUUCUAUGAAUUCCCUCACCAACCUUCACUCUUCUAUGAUACCCUUCUUCCUAAACUCAAACACUCUCUUUCUCUUGCACUUGCUUACUAUUUCCCUCUUGCUGGAACCCUCACUUGGCCUCAUGAUUCUAACAAACCCAUCAUCAUCUACAACGUUGGUGACACUCUCUCACUUAUUUUAGCUGAAUCUGAUGCUGAUUUCAACCAUCUUUCAGGAUCUGACCUUUGUGAAGCCUCAGAGGUUCACCAUCUUGUUCCUGAAUUGUCCAUUUCCGAUGAUCAAGCCACUGUCUUGGCCUUACAAGUUACCCUUUUUCCAAACCAUGGAUUCUCCAUUGGAGUCACAUCACACCAUGCUGUUCUUGAUGGAAAAACCUCAACAUCCUUCAUCAAAUCUUGGGCUUAUCUCUGCAACAAGCUAGAAGAUUCAUCAUCAUCACCUUGUGAUUUGCCUCCUGAAUUGAGUCCUUUCUUGGAGAGAGAAAUUGUGGAAGAUCCCAAAGGACUUGAAGCAAAAUAUCUGAGUGAUUGGUUAAAGCAAGGUGGACCCAACAACAGAAGCCUCAAGGUUUGGAAUCUUCAAGUUCCACAAGAUUCAGUAAGGGGUUUGUUCAAAUUGUCUAGAUCAAACAUUGAGAAGCUCAAGAACUUUGUAGGUUCAAGACAGAAAGGGAAUAGCAAUCUUCACUUGUCAAGUUUUGUUGUAUCUCUUGCAUAUGCUUGGGUUUGCAAGACGAAAGCUGAAGAAACUAAGAGCAAGAAAGUUGGUAUGGCUAUAAAUGUUGAUUGCAGGAACCGAUUAGAUCCACCUCUUCCUCCAACAUACUUUGGAAACUGCAUCGGUGCAAGAGUUGCAUCUGCUGAAACAAGAGAAUUCUUGGAUGAAGAUGGUGGAGUAGUUGUGGCUGUGGAAUCACUGAGUUCUGCUUUGGAGACACUGAAGGAUGGGGUUCUGAAUGAAGCUGAGACUUGGUCAUCACUUUUGCUUGAUGGGCUGCACAGUGAUGAAGAAAUGAAGCUUACUGGUGCUGCUGGCACACCAAGGUUUGAGGUUUAUGGAAGUGAUUUUGGAUGGGGAAGACCAAAGAAAGUGGAAAUGGUGUCUAUUGACAGAACUGGUGCAAUUUCUCUCUCAGAUAGCAGAGAUGGUGAUGGUCUUGAGGUUGGUUUUGUGUCCAGUAAACCUUCAAUGGAAGCAUUUGCUUCCAUCUUUGCCAAGGGUCUUCUUCUUUGAGCUGAGUUAAUGAUAAAUCAUAAAUGUGUGUAUAACACAAAAAUGAGUAGCUGAAAUGUUCUGUUCCUAUUCACAAGUUUGGUUGUUCCUGAUUUGUCAUUUUUUGAUCAUGAAUUCGUGUUUGGGA